AAUCGUAGGCUAUAGUCUAUAAUAUGCGGUGUGCUAUAAACUACUCUAUGUAAAUUUGAUGCGUUAAUUUGAUUUUGACUAGAAGGCACCGGUGGAUGUUUACACAUUCUGUUGGCCUCCCUCAAAUUUCCAAUGGUGCGCAUACAUUAGCCUUAAAGCGAUACAAGCGUGAGUGUAUCUCCAUCCACGUGGGUCAGGCUGGUGUCCAGAUUGGCAAUGCCUGCUGGGAGCUCUACUGUCUGGAGCACGGGAUCCAGCCGGACGGUCAAAUGCCCAGUGACAAGACCAUUGGAGGAGGAGACGACUCCUUCAACACCUUCUUCAGUGAGACUGGAGCUGGCAAGCACGUCCCCAGGGCUGUGUUUGUAGAUCUGGAGCCCACUGUCAUCGAUGAGGUGCGCACAGGAACAUACCGCCAGCUCUUCCACCCUGAGCAGCUGAUCACUGGGAAGGAGGAUGCAGCCAACAACUACGCCCGUGGGCAUUACACCAUCGGCAAAGAGAUUAUUGACUUUGUUCUGGACAGGACCCGCAAACUGGCUGACCAGUGCACUGGCCUCCAGGGCUUCCUGGUCUUCCACAGCUUCGGAGGUGGCACCGGUUCUGGUUUCACCUCCCUGUUGAUGGAGCGCUUGUCUGUUGACUAUGGCAAGAAGUCCAAACUUGAGUUCUCCAUCUACCCAGCUCCCCAGGUGUCCACAGCCGUUGUUGAGCCCUACAACGCCAUCCUGACCACCCACACCACCCUGGAGCACUCUGAUUGUGCUUUCAUGGUAGACAAUGAGGCCAUCUAUGACAUCUGCCGCAGGAACCUUGAUAUCGAGCGUCCGUCCUACACUAAUCUUAACAGGUUGAUCAGUCAGAUUGUGUCCUCCAUCACUGCAUCCCUCCGAUUCGAUGGUGCCCUCAAUGUUGAUCUGACAGAGUUCCAGACCAACUUGGUGCCCUACCCCCGUAUCCACUUCCCGCUGGCCACCUAUGCCCCAGUGAUCUCAGCAGAGAAGGCUUACCAUGAGCAGCUCUCAGUGUCUGAGAUCACAAAUGCUUGCUUUGAGCCAGCAAAUCAGAUGGUGAAAUGUGACCCACGUCACGGCAAGUACAUGGCCUGCUGUCUGCUGUACCGUGGCGACGUUGUGCCCAAAGAUGUCAAUGCUGCCAUUGCCACCAUCAAAACAAAACGCUCCAUCCAGUUUGUAGACUGGUGCCCAACUGGUUUCAAGGUUGGUAUCAACUACCAGCCACCAACUGUGGUACCUGGCGGAGAUCUGGCCAAGGUCCAGAGGGCAGUGUGCAUGCUUAGCAACACCACUGCAGUGGCAGAGGCCUGGGCCCGUCUUGACCACAAGUUUGACCUGAUGUACGCCAAGCGUGCUUUUGUGCACUGGUACGUAGGUGAGGGUAUGGAGGAGGGAGAGUUCUCUGAGGCCAGGGAGGACAUGGCUGCCCUGGAGAAAGAUUAUGAAGAGGUGGGUGUUGAUUCCAUUGAGGGAGAGGAGGAGGGAGAGGAGUAUUAAAGUGAAUUGAUUCACCCUUUUUAUUUUACCUUUAUUUAACUAGGCAAGUCAGUUAAGAACAAAUUCUUAUUUUCAAUGAUGGCCUAGGAACAGUGGGUUAACUGCCUUGUUCAGGUGCAGAACGACUGAUUUGUACCUUGUCAGUGAUUCGAACUUGCAACCUUUCGGUUACUAACCACUAGGCUAAUCUGCCGCCCUAGUCAAAUCACAAGCAAGCUUAUCACUGGUUACAAGUUAAUAUGGCUCAACUUUCCUUAUUAGUGUUGGAAAUUGCUAGCAAGCACUGUCACACAUCAUAGAUAGGGCGGCAGGUAGCCUAGCGAUUAAGAGCAACCAGGUGAAAGAAAAUGUGUCAAUGAGCCCUUGAGCAAGGCACUUAACCCUAAUUGUUUUAGAAAAGAGGGUCUGCUAAAUGACUAAAAUGUAAAUGCCAUGAUGUUCGUUGGCCCCGAAAAUGGUUAAGGAAAUAUGCUGUAGUUGUGUUCAGGGAAUGUUAUGGUGUUGCAAUGGUUUUACUUUUUACAGUUUUACACUGCAACUUUCUGUCCUCUUCUGACUUUGAUAUAUAAUAAAUUACUUACAUUUUUUAACAUUUUCAACUAAAUUCAAUGGAUCUUCAUCAGCUACUCACCAGGACUUAUCAUAGUAUUUCCCAAGAAUAAAUAAUAACUAUUAUUAUUGCAGUGUAAUAACCAUGUAUGUACAUAUUGUUACAUAGUUCUACAGAAAAUGUCAACAGAAAUGUUGAGCAAUGUCAACAGAAUCAAAAGUAAAUUGAAUGAAAAUUUUAAUGGAAUAGAGUUGUGCCUUUCUUUUUAUUUAUCUCAAACCGACACAUCAUUGCAUUUUCCCCAUGGUUCUUUUUAUAUUAUUUUUUAUCUGAAAUAUAUAACGUAAAAGCAAUAGCUUAUUCUUUAGAUUUAAUCAUGUAAAUCAUAUCUUACUUCUGACAUCAACUGGUUUACAAUAAGAAGAGACAGCUUUAGUAUUGAUUGUGGUGACAAUUAGAGCUCUAUAAUUUGCACGGACUUUCCUUCAAUACCUCUAUUUUCCUUAGACUUCACUCAAUUCCUUUCAAUGCUACAGUACUUUUACUAUGCCACCCUGUGGCCAAACCUCUGUUCUGCUUCAGGAAUGGGUUCCUCCUCUUUAUUGGUGGCAAUGUAACGAUAACACCCAAAACAGUUCAAUUCUGAAUAGACAUCAAGACUCACAUCAAUAACAAACCAUUCAACGCGCUUACAUUUCUUGAUCUUUGGACAGGAAAAUCAGUGCUAGUUUAGUAAGGGCAUGGAGGACAAAAGCAAGAAUGCAAGCUUAGAUAGGACUAGGAAAAUGUGAAGGUAUACCGGUAGUUGAAGAUUCUUACAUAAUUUACAUUUUAAUGCUUAUUUUUGGGGUGACAUUAUAUAUGUUAUAUCACAGUGCUGUGAUUUCUUUGGCAAUUCAAAUUCAAAGACCAGUUAACAAAGAAAAUGAAUGUGUUGGAAGGUUAUAAGAGGCAGUCAUUAUGAUUACAUUCUAAGGAAGAGUGAGUAAUAACAGAAAAAGCACAGCAUAAAUUGCUACAUUUUUGUAAACGUUCAUCAGUUUUUCUUUUCUUAAAUAAAAAAGUAUGUGGGUCAAAAUAAAUAUAAUAUUUUGUCACAAGUGAUGCAACGGCAGAAACAAACACAUUAUUUUGGCUUUUGGGGUUACUUUUUUGUUCUGUGUUGAAAAUGUAUACAUUUCUAAUACAUUUUAGUUUUUUAUUAAAGUUGCUUUCAGUGUAACAAUACAGAAUACAACUGAUUGUU